AUGGCCAAAUCCGCCAGGCGUGGCCCCAAGGGUAAGGCCUCAGUUACGGCCUCCGCAACCUCCUCGGGAACCUCCACUCCCAGCUCGCAGAAUGGCCCCAUCCCUCCGUUUGUUCGAGCGCCGGAAUCUCUGGAACCGCUCCUCAAGUCGCUUUCUCCGCGCGAAGUCUACCUUAUUCACGUCGAUACCUGCCCGGUGGACAUUAAGAAACAAACCUUCAUCGUGCCUUGUGCAAUCAAUGCCAUCGUCGUCGUUCUCCUCGCGCUCCGAAUCUACAUGGUCCGCAACAUGUAUCCCGCCAUGAUAGCAGCACUGAUCGGGAUGAACAACUCUAUGACGGUGGACACAUCGACAAUGGAUUGGACCGAAGUUUCUAUGGUGGCUCUGCGUCGCAUAGGAACUGUCCUUAUCGAUUACUUCCUGCUGACUAUCUUCCUGGCCUGGCCUAUCCGCUUCCUCUUCGGUGCGGUAAGGUGGCGCCGCAACAUCGGCUUCCGGCCACACGAGAUCAUUGUCCGGCGGAGCCAGCCUGACAUGACUCAGGGCCUCAAACGUGAUCGAUGGAUCCGCGAAGACGAGGAAACACGGGAUAGGAUCGUUGCGGCGGUUACGCCGGAGCGUAUCAGAAAGACGGGAUAUUUGCUUAUAGAUCAAGAUUUCGAUCUCGAUUACGACGCCAUGAUUAAGGCUCACGAGAUGGUCGACAAUCGUAAAUCGGAUGACAAGGUCUCAUUGGACGAAUUCCGCACGGCAGUGUUGGUGAAUACAGAUGCCCAUGGCUGGCUGAUCUGGCAUGUAGGAGAUCAGAACGAAAAGUUUAGCCCCGAUACUAGCAAUAUCCCAGCCGACCCGGCCCGAUCCGCCCAAAGAGAUCAGAUCUUGGUGUUCAAGGAAAAACUGACGGCCAUGGGCAAGGAGGACCUUUUCUACCGAUGGGUUGAGUUAGUCCAGUACGAGAGUACCCAGCCGGGCGGGUUCACGCCGGAAAGGCAACAGUCCGCCAUGCUGCAGGUCAAGCAGCUCUUCGAAGAAAACGACGUCGAUUUCUCCAAGUUCUGGGAGGAUGUGGGUGGGCUGGAGGAGUUCACCGAGCAGCUUGAUUAG